AUGCCCGACGACCACGAAUUCGAACCACAGGCGCCUGAUGGGUUUCUUGACACACUGGAAGGAGAGAUAGCUCUCUUUCGCUCGAUUGAGCGUGCACGCCCUAUUCGAAAUGAAUCCGGUUUUUGGGUGAAUGUUGCUGAUAUCUGGGCCAAACUUGCUACACUCUACCACCUAGACGCGUUGGACGACAUGGAUGAACAGCAAUUUCACCCAGUAACCGGUCGACUCAUUGUGUAUCCGUCUGUAUGGGAUGCCGAUGAGCUUUAUUCUUAUCCUGCCUUUAACGAAUUUGCACUUCCUUAUUCUCAGUUCAAUGACGACCUGACGGAAGGCGAAGACGACGCAGAAACCGACGGGGCUACGGAACCUCCGGAUGAUACUGUCGACGAUGAUGCGGAGGCAGAUACACCAGAUGAUACCCCGGCGGUCAAUCGUAGAGGCGCCCGCAAGAGCAAUGCUAGAGCAAAACAGCCGACCAAAGGUGCUAAGAGCAAGAGCAGCGGGAAGAAGAAAAAAAAAUAG